AUGAAAGUUCUUAGGGUGUUGAGUGAAAUAGUGCUUGCACUUUCAGCGAUUGCGUUUGCAGAAGACAAUCAAGAUCCUACCACUGAUCGGAUUGUCAUAUUUACAGUGGAACAAAAUGACAAAUUCUUGGGCAAUUUAACUCUAGGCCUCUUUAGUGAAGUGGUUCCUAAGACUACUGAAAACUUCUAUCUACUUGCCAAGACGCAAAAGUUUAAAAAUACAUUAUUUCAUAGGGUUAUUAAGGAUUUCAUGAUCCAGGGUGGUGAUAUCGACGGCGAAGGGGGCUAUUCGAUCUACGGCAAGGAAAAGGGAUCGCUGCCUGAUGAGAAUUUUUUGCUUAAGCACGAUAAGAUAGGUCGUUUGGCAAUGGCAAAUUCUGGACCCAAUUCUGGUUCUUCUCAGUUUUAUAUUACUGGUAAGGUGACAAAGUGGCUUGAUGGCAAUUACGUUGUGUUCGGUCAAUUAUUGGAUGGGUUCGACACAUUAACGACAGUGGAAACAACAAAGACCGACAAAUUCGACAUGCCGCUUGAUGUCGUCAAAAUAUCUAACGUCUAUACGUACAAGGAUGGACAAUUAGAUACGCAAUUGACUGAGGAGGAAAAGCAAUAUGGCUUAGAAGACACCACUAAAUCGGUAGUUGAACAGCAGGAUACUAGUGAGGAUACUAGUGAGGAUACCAGUGGGGAUACUAGUGGGGAUACUGAUGAGGAUACUAGUGAGGAUACUAGUAAGGAUUCUAGUGAGGAUACUAGUGAUAAUACUAGUAAGGAUACUAGUGAGGAUACUGGUGAGGAUACUAAGGAUUCUAGUGAGGAUACUUUGGACGAGGUGGUCAACCAUGAAAUGACUCAGGACGAGAAGAACAAACUCUAUGAAAAGCAACGAGCCGAAACGCAGCCAAAAUAUCUCGCAUUCUACGCUCUCGUUCCUCUUGGUCUUUUCAUGGCUCUUCUUGUAUUCAUUACGCUUAAGACUCGGAAAAACAUCCUCUAUGCUAUCAGGGGUCCUCGCUACAGACGCAUACAGGUUCAUCGUUAA